AGUCAUGGACCAAAAUGAUGAUUUUCAGGGAACCAGUGGUUCAAGGGUGCUCGGGGGUUGUGAUGUUCGGCGGCGGAUUCCUAUUAAGCUACUUUCAAAACAGACUGUACGCUCACAGCGACCCAAUGCUCAGAGCGAUGAAGAUUCGUUCACCUGUAAACAUGAAGAAAGGCUUGAGUGUAAAUUUGGAGAUGCUAAUAGAAACCAGCACAGAUUCCCUCAACAGUUAUUCUGGGACUGUAAGCUAAACCUGGUUGGUGAGAAAGAUGACACAGCAGUUCAUUUUUGUGACAAAUGUGGACUGCCUAUAAAGAUUUAUGGACGGAUGAUUCCCUGUAAACAUGUGUUCUGCUAUGACUGUGCUGUGCUUUAUGAAAAGAAGAAUGAUAAGACGUGUCCUGGUUUGUCCCUGUACAGCUGCACUGAUCCUGUCCAGCGCAUCGAGCAGUGCCAGCGUGGAACCCUCUUCAUGUGCAGCAUCGUGCAGGGCUGCAAGCGCACCUACCUCUCUCAGCGGGACCUGCAGGCUCACAUCAACCACCGACACAUGAGGGCAAGCAAGCAUGGAAGCUCCCGGCUCGAGCAUCCUCAUCCGAACCCUCCUCCAACCCCUAACCUGACUCCAGAGCCAUUGGACCGUUUCCGUCUGCCUCCUCCUCCUCACCUGCCUAAGACUCAUCCUCUAAUAACACCACCUUUGCAGGGCCACGACCCAUACGGCCAGCCACCCCCGGCCUCUCCUUCUGAACUCUCAUCUCGAGGCCUCCCACCAGAGACCUUCCGCAUAGCCACUGUGACCACACGCAAACACAGCAACCUCAUCACCGUGCCCAUCUACGACGACUCAGGAACCUCCAUACCCUCACCACGUGACCCUCUCCCUCAAACCUCGCCAGGUCUUGUCCCACAUCAUCACCCAGGCCAGACAGUACUGUCGCACCCUCACCACAUCAUGCCUCCACCUCAGCAGCAACAUUAUGGGCCUCCACCUCGACCUCGACCUCCGCCUCUACCCCCUCUCAGCCAUCCCAUGCCGGGACCCGGCGCUCCUCACAUGGUCUACAACCAAGUACCACCUAUGUCUGGUGCACCCCCUCCAAUUACCCCUCCACCCAGACAUAUCAUCAAUCAGAUGCCUCCAUUUAUGAACCGACCCCUGCCCACACCUCUCCCUCAGCAUGGUGCACUUCCUGUUAAUGCUCCAUCUUCUCAUCACUUUAACCCCAGCUCUCUGCCACAGGAUCAGGGCACACUGAGCCCACCGUUCACACAGCCAGGUGCUCUAAGCCCUGGUAUGUGGCCCACAGCACGAGGCCCUCACCCUCCACGAAUGCAGGUUCCACCGGCUCAGGGCCAGCGGACUGGACCACACCACCCAGAGCAGCCUCGAUAUAGACCCUACUACCAAUAAGACAUCUAUUUUAUCCGACAGUUUUAUUACUGACCAUAUCAAUGAGAAUUUAACUUAUUCAAGUAGGAUCUGUGUGUUGUGCCCUCUCUGAUGUCAUGAUUUAGAUGGCUGUGUUUCUUUCACUAAUCAGGUAUAAGCAUUAGAAACUGAGUAAAUAAUUGGUGGGGUUGGGGUGCACAAUUAAGAAAUGUUGUUUAAACCAUUUUAAACAACCAACCCAUCUUGUACCUGCUGACCACAAUAAAUUACACAAACAAAACAA